GCUAAUAGUUUGUUGAUUUAAGAUUUAUAGAGUUGAACUGUCACUUGAAAAAGUUAUUACUUUUUAAACAAUUUGAAGUUAACAGUUUUUUAAUGACAUUUUCUAAAUCAAAUGAGUUGUUACUGAGACUAAAAUAAGACUCUAUUUUUUAUGAAGAUAACAAAAAAUUAGAGGAAACGACACGGUUUUUUUUCUUACUAAGGUAAGAAAACUUCAAAAGUUUUAGCGUCAUUAAAAAUGCAUUUGACUGGCUUUAGAAAUUUGCAUGAACUCAUGUCUUUCAGUUAUACAAAGUUUUGUUUUUAAUAUUGUUUUACGAGCAAGCUAAAAGAUGGGAUGGUAUUUUGGAACUUUACAAAAUGAUACUGACCAUGAAAAUAUAAAGCCAAAAUCUAUAUCAAGAGAGUGUGCUGAACAAAUAAAUCAUAUAAUCAAAAGAUCUAAAAAAAUUUCAGAAGUAAUUUUUCAUGAUCUCACCUACGAUACAAACUGUUUCUUGAAGAUUGAACGUAUUGCUGAAAUCUUUUUCAAAUACAAUCAAAGCGUUGUUAACAAAAAACCAUUGUUUUGUGAUGUGGAUAAAGACCAAUUUUCUAACUCUUUUGAAGAAAGUUCAACUAGAAAUUCAUCAUUUACAUCUUCUGAAAGAUGUUCUUUGUUAAUUAGUAGUUUAAAUGAAAAUGAUAAUGACAACAAAGAUUACCAUGAUCAAGUUGUGGAGCAGUUUUAUUGGCAUGGGAAAUGUCAACAAGAAAUCACUGAAUAUUUUUCAAAGUUUGAUCUAAAAAGAAAUGUUAUCGAUUGUCGUGUUAUAAAACCUGAUCAACUAAACGAUUCAUCAAAGGUGUUCAAAACAAUUAAACAAAAUAAAAAAAAAUCUAUUGUAGCAGAUCCUAUCCAACCACAAUGCUUGAAUAAUAUUUCUAAUGAGGACAAAAUCAUAUACAAAAAUGCAUUAAAAUGUGCAUUGCUACCUCUAACAAUUAAUGCUGAUGAACCUUGUGAUUUUUCACCUGUUCCACUUAAAAAAAGAAAUGAUUCAUAUUGUAUUGAUUUCACAAGUAUUGAUCGAUGCAUGAUUGCAGGGAAACUUCAAAAAGCUUUUCAAUGUAAUCAUUAUCUUAAGGAUUUAAUAGAAACGGAAUUGAGCAAUUCAUUUUCAGAAUGUUCUGAAUUACAGAUACUUGCCGAUGAUAUUGAUAAUCAGAAAAAAGUUUUAAUAUCCAAUCUAAGUGUGUUUUACAAUCAUGAUGACCCUUAUUAUAACAAUUGGAAACAAUUACAGCUUAACCGGUUUGAUAGAAUAAUAAGCAACAAUCUAGUGUGUUCACCAUCAAAAGACAAAAAUGUAGAUACUACAAAUUAUCAUGAUCAAUUUGAAAUAUUGAUUAAAAAUCUUUUAAAACAGGAUUUAAAUGAAGGAGAAAAUAAGAGUGAAGAGAGAACUACAGCACAAGUUUUAACAACUACAUCACUAAAUAUUCUUAAACAGUUUGGUUUGAGGUUUGGUGUUGGAAAGGUUUUUAUGAAAGUUGCAAUUUUCUCUAUCAUGGUUAACCAUUGUUUUUCGUACAAUGAUUUUUACUUAUAUUGUCUUGAGAAUUGUCUAAGAAAUACCACACAAUACAUGGAGAGUAGAAAUAAAUGUUAUUUUUUGAAAGAGAAAAAAAUCAUGGAAGAUGCAUUGGAAAUUCUUCAUUUAAAGUUGGAGUACUGUUUUUUAAAAAUUCUUGAUUUUUAUGAUAAGAAGAUUUUAUCAGAUGGUGGUUUUUCCACGCUUGUUGAACUGUUAAGACAUACAAUCAAUGCCAAACAUUACUUUAAGUUAUGGGAACUUGAAGAUACAUGUGACUUGACACAAAGUAUGCUUACAAAGUACAUGAAGGUGACAAUUGAAAACUAUUAUUCUAAGAAGAAAAGUCAAUCUGAGAAUCUAACAUCUCAACCGCUUUUAUAUCUCUUAAAAGAAAUAAUGCUUUGUUUCAAAAAGGUUCAAGACAUUUUUAAGACAGAACAUUUUGAUAUGUAUAAAAUUUUGCAUAAAGUUGUUGCAAAUACUUUAUACAAUGAGUUAAUGAAAGAUGUGCAAGUUUUUUUUCAACAAAUUGACUUUACUAUGCCAGUGGAUCAAGAUGUAUUGCAUUUGGUUUAUUCUUUAAACAAGUUAGAUGAGGAAUGGAAUUGCUUUAUCAAUAGAAGUGCACAAACCUGGAGAAAUUCAAUAAAAGCGUGGUUACCAGAUAUUAUUGAAAAGGUCUCUUUUAAUAUCCAAUUCUUAAUACAGAUAUUUAUAAAAAAAGACAAUUUUUGCAUUCUUCAAUUUAAAGAAAAAGUAAAAUCUCUUCAGGAAACACAGGACACUCAUAAGCUUUUUAAUCAUGAUCCAAGUUUGUCUCCUUUUGCUUCUAUAGAGCAAAUUAAUGAAGACCAGAUAGUAACCUACGAGAAUGAAACUUUCAAUGCUGAAUCAGAUAUUGUUAGUCAUAAUAAAUUGUUGAGCAAUUCAAGUAAUGACCUAGUCGUUAAUAACUUAUUAACUGAGUUAUUAGACCAAAUUGAAAAUAGUUUUUAUCCAAGUUUUUCAUAUGUGUCUGAGGGACCUUGUACAGAGAAUCAAAAAAAUGAAAGGCUUGAAAAGAUGUUGAAAGACUCUCUGGAAAAUAAAAUUAAUGAUUCAAUUAUAAAUGAAGUUUUAAGUGUUUCUGAAAUGGAAGAUUCAUUUGUUAAGGAAAAAAUACAUGAUGUUUUUGAAACAAUUGAAGGUUCAAACAAAAAUCAAGAAACAGUAAAUAAAAAACAAUUAAGCAUACUUCAAAAUGAUUUGCUUAUGGUUACAAGUUCUUUCUCUGACAUCUUAUCUUGUUGUUUUGAACUAAUUAACUUUGCCAGAACAUUUUUUUUCACAAUUUAUCCAUCACGUGAUCUGUUGCAAAAUAAAAACAUUGAUUUAUUAAGGCAGAUUUAUACUAUCAUUGGAUCAUGUUUAAAAAAAUAUUCUUCAAGUUUGCUACUUCUUGAUAUCUGUGGUGUUGAAAGACUAAAUGAAAAAACUAAUAAAAAACUUAAUUACUAUGUUGAAAAAAAGUUUUUAACAGAUCUUGAUGAAUUAAAAAAAUCAGUUGGUUGUCGACAUUCUUUUGAUACCACUGUUCAGUCUUUAAAGUGUAAAGGCAGCUGUAUCAUUUUACAAACAUUUUUUGAGGUAUCAAGAAUCAGACUUGAACCUAUAACUAGACAAAUGUGUUACCGCAUAAACAAUAUAUACAGUCUGCUAUGUGUUCUUCAAACUGUGCAAAAAGAAUCAGCUGACUCUUUUAAUGUUUCUUUGGAUAGUUUGCUGCCAUCCAAAGAUAAAACAAAAACUUCACCAAUUAAUGAUAAAAGCAAAUUAUGUUCAGAGUUAAUGAUGUGUGAAAAGCAUAUAAAACAGGUUUUUAAUGUACAACUCAUGUUACUUGUAUCCAGGGUAGAAGAAAUUUUUUGUUGUUUGUUUGAUGAAAGUUUAACCAAUAGAAAAACAUGUUUACUUUUCUUAUCUAAUCAAUUAAAUAUGUUAAAACACAAUUUGUAUCAAGCAUGUUUUCAAAGUUUUGUGGUGAAGUUAUUUGAUUGUAUUGAGAAGUUUUUUCAUGACAUUUUAAAUCAAAUCCUGUUGGAAGAAACUAAGACUAUGCAAAUGAAAAUAUACAACCUUGGAUUGAUAUUGAAUAGCAUAAUAAAAAUAUUUAAAAAAAUUGGUGGUGAUGUUUACAGUAAGAUAUUGGACCAACAGGUUAUCAUUAUGUUUCGUUUAAGAAUUCUUCUUGACGAAAUAAAUCCAAUGAAACAAAACUUACAAACAAUGUACCAAACCACUAGAUUUUUUCAAGAUGUCGUAGAAAGAUCAUUGUUAACAUAUGAAGAAGUGAUUUUAAGUUUAAAAAAUUCUCUACCUAAAAAAUUCACUGUUCAAGAGUUUAUAGAAAAACUGCGUUCAAAUAUAAAUUGGCUUGAUGUUUUGCAAAAACAUAGUGAUGAAGAAAAUGGUGAAAGUUGCAUGACACACAUUGAUUUUGAGUUUUGUAUGAUUGGGCAAUCUUUACUGUCAAAGAAAAUCAUUGAAAGAGUGCAAACUGAACCAGCAACUAAUUUCAGCUCAUCUUUUAUUAGUCCUUGUUUCGCUUCUGAAUCAUUAACUUCAGAUGGAGGUAAUUUUAAUGAAGAAUUAAGAUUUACCCAAGCAUUCACUUAUAAAUUUACUUCAAAAAAAACAGAACCUAUUAGUAAAAUAUACUUUUACGGUACCUUAUAUCUUAUAGCUAGAAAACACAAGUUUUGGAUACAUGUGUUUAUGGAUGACAUUUUGAAUAUACUUAGAAACUGUUAUAAAUAUAAUAAUACUUUAGAUCUUAAAUUUUUUAUUGAUCAUCAUUCGAAGUCAAAAGCGAGUAAAGAUUCUAUUGGGUUUUUUUUUAAGAAUUUGUUUUCAUGUAUGUAGUAUUUAUGUAAUAAUAGUUUUAUAUCAUAAAUAGUAAUAUUACUAAAAUAGUAUUAUUAACGAUUCUAUUGGUUUCUUCUUCAAGAAAAUGUUUUCAUUUUUGUAACAUUUACGUAGUUAAUAGUAUUAUAACAAAUAGUACCGUAAUAAAUAAUAUUAUU